CUCUACACAUGCACACACACUUCUACAGGGAUACUUUACUGCAUGAAAAUGGAGAGUCAAGUAGGGAGAAGAAGUACGAGUAAGCAAGACAUACUUAAUGAGAGUAAAUCGGGCCUUGGCACCUGUGGAUGGAUCCUUGUUAUCCUCUCAGCAUUUUUCACAGCGCUGUUCUUCCCAGUCACAAUCUUUAUUUGCCUCAAGAUUGUUAAAGAAUAUGAACGAGCUGUAAUAUUCAGACUUGGCCGUAUCACAGCUAAAAAGCCAAAGGGACCCGGUAUCUUCUUCAUCCUUCCCUGCACUGACAGUUUUGUCAAGGUGGAUAUGAGAACAGUAUCAUUUGACAUUCCUCCUCAAGAGAUUCUGACAAAGGACUCAGUGACAAUAAGUGUGGACGGAGUGGUGUAUUUCCGGGUGAGUGAUCCCAUAGACUCUGUGGCAAAUGUCAGCAAUGCUGAUUACUCCACACGCCUGCUUGCCCAGACUACCCUGAGGAACGUUUUGGGGACCAAGAACCUAGCUGAGGUUCUGUCAGACCGUGAAAGUAUCUCUCAAAGCAUGCAGACGACUUUGGAUGAGGCCACAGACUCUUGGGGCAUUAAGGUGGAGCGUGUGGAAAUAAAGGAUGUAAAGCUACCUCAUCAGCUUCAGAGGGCCAUGGCAGCUGAGGCUGAGGCAGCCCGUGAGGCUAGAGCUAAGGUGAUCGCAGCAGAGGGAGAGAUGAAUGCUUCACGUGCUCUGAAAGAGGCUUCUCUGGUGAUUGCUGAAUCUCCCUCUGCCCUACAGCUACGCUACCUGCAGACCCUCAACACCAUCGCUGCUGAGAAGAACUCCACCAUCAUCUUCCCACUGCCCAUUAACCUCCUGGAUCACUUAAUGAAAAAAUGAAGUCAGAUAUUGACAGACAAGCUGAUUCCAGAUAUGAAUGUUUAUGUUUUGCUUUUUGAUUAAGAAGACUAUGUAUUACUUUGAACUUCAGUGGCAAAAUAUUGCCGGUACUAUGUGGUGUUCUGUGAAAACUGAUUCCUAAAAACACAUUAAAAAAAAAAAACCC